AUGAGCUACCGAGCGGCUCUUCGAAAUAUCCCCCAACCACCAGAACGCCUGUCCCAAAAAGUUUAUUUUAUUAUGAACAACCUCACAGAUGAAAAUGUUCAAAACCAAACCAAAGAACUCAUGUCCCAAUUGCCCCAUCAUUUCAAUCGUUGGUUGGCUGAGUUUGUUAUUAAUAGGGUAGCUACAGAGUCAAAUCUCGUUGAUAUGUAUACUGAGUUUGUUUUACUUGCCACUAAUCAUCAAAAUAAUUUCCGUUCACUUAUUCUUGAUUUGCUAACUCGAGAAAUCGACUUUCUGCUACGCCCAGGCCAAUUGAAUCCAAUUAACGGGAAGUCACUGAAGACUUUUGGGACAUUUCUUGGUCGCCUAACUCUGGCCAAGGGAAUCAAAUUAGGAGUUGACUUAAAAUCUUUAAUCUAUGUUGCUUUUAAAAAUCGUCCAGAGUCGCUCGACUAUAUUGUUCCAUUUAUUUGUGAGCUGUUAAAGAACAUGAAGCAUAGCAGCACAUUCGGUCAACCGGACCCGUGGUUACAAGAGAUUUUGGAGGUCGUCAAAGAACUGCAUGGUAUCACUAAUAAACUUCCUAUUCAAUUCGAGGUGGAACUAAUUUUCAGUUACCUUGGGCGAAAUAUGAAUCAGACCAAUGCUGCAUUCUACCUUAGACGGAUCAAACAGUAA